AUCGAGCCAGGCUCUCACAGCACACCCUCACAUUCCUUGAAUCUUUCAGGAGAUCCUCGACGGAUUUUCCUAGUCCUUUCCUUACCGACUUCUAGCAGUCGACCUGUACAUACUCACAAUCCUUUUACAAAAUUUACCUUCCAACUGCGCAUAUUUAAAUAUACCUUGAAGCCAAGCCUUCAUUUCAUCAUCUAUAUACAAGAUGAAUUCCUUCCGUGUGCUUUCCAGCCUUGGCCUUUUGGCCAGCUCUGUCCUAGCCGGACCAAUAAGCAUCCCCAAGCGCCAGACUUCAACUGGUCAAAAUGUUGUUUACUGGGGCCAGAACGGUGGUGGGAUUAUCGAAAACCCUGAUCUCGCUGCUUACUGUACCGGCAGCGAAGGUAUCGACAUCAUCGUCCUAGCUUUCUUGUACCAAUUUGGUAACGGCGUUACUGUUCCCGGAGGUUCAUUUGGUCAAACCUGCUCUGUUUUGGCUACCUCUGGUACUUCACAGUCGUGUGAUGCCGUUGCCUCGGCCAUCACCACUUGCCAGAACAAAGGCAUUAACGUCUUUUUGUCUCUCGGAGGUGGAGCUGGUGGUUACUCACUCACCUCUGUCUCUGAGGCCGAAUCUAUCGGCCAAUAUCUCUGGGAUGCCUACGGUAACCCUUCUUCUACCUCCGUUUCUCGUCCGUUUGGUAACGCUGUCGUCAACGGCUGGGAUUUUGAUAUCGAAAAUGCUUCUGGUAGCCAGUACUAUCCAUACCUGAUCUCCAAAUUGCGUUCCAACUUUGCCAGUGACAAAAACAACAAAUACUACAUCUCUGGUGCUCCUCAAUGUCCCAUCCCCGAACCUAACAUGGGUACCAUGAUCCAGGAUUCCGAAUUCGACAUGCUCUUCAUCCAAUUCUAUAAUAACAACAAUUACACUCACCCCUGCGCUUUGGGAAUCAACGGCGACGCAGCAUUCAAUUAUGCUCAGUGGGACAGUUUCAUUUCUACCUCAAACUCUUCAUCCGCAGAACUCUUCAUUGGUGUUCCAGCUGCUCCUCUCGCCGCCAACGGUGCCGACACCGGAUCAAUCUACUACGCUACUCCUAACCAACUUGCUACUAUAGUCAGUGCCACUGAGGGUAACUCCUCAUUCGGUGGUGUUAUGCUAUGGUCCGCUGGUUUCUCUGACUCGAAUGUCAACAACGGUUGCACCUACGCCCAGGAAGUGGAAACAAUACUCAAGGAUGGUGAAGUCUGCUCCGGAUCUUACUCUGUUACCCAAACCUUGACGCCUGUGGCGCCUACGCCUUCUUUCUCCGGAACUGCUACCGGAACCUCAACUGCCACUCCUACUGGAACUCCAGUUCCUGAGUGGGGACAGUGCGGUGGCCAAGGUUAUACAGGUUCCACGGUUUGCGAUUCCGGAUUGAAAUGCGUCGCUGAGGGUGCAUACUGGUCAUCUUGCCAGCCAGCGUAAGUAAGUUUGUGGAGAGGUUCUAAGGGCGACAUUUUAGAUUCUAGGGCGAUAGUUCGUUGAUACGAACAGCCUUUCUUCAAUAGCCAACCCUGAAAGGUGAAUAGAGUCGUCGUCAUAUCAAUCGCUAUACAACAGAUGAAAUCUCACAGCUAUCAUGAUGCGGAUACUUUGGGUAUGCAGCUUUUAAGAUCCGAUAUUGUAGCUAUUUGAGAAUAGCAGUGAACUUCUUUAGAAGUGAUGAAUUGAAAAGUGCAAUGUCCA